UAUUCACCUAAACAAUUACGUACGUUUUCUCUGUAAGCGCCUCUCGUAGCCCCUUCGUUAAUGGCGUCAGUAUCCGAGAUGUGCUCGGCUUUAGAAAAAUGAAGCGCAGACGAACAUAUCUCUUGUAAUAAAGCGCCGGGUUUCCAUUCGCGGAGUUUGCAUCUCCAGUUCUCGGCGGUUCAACUUCCGAUCUCAGUCGUGACGCUCAGCCCGAGCCCAGAGAUGAUGAAGCUCAAGUCAAACCAGACUCGCACGUAUGAUGGAGACGGGUUUAAGAAGCGGGCCGCCUGCCUGUGCUUCAGGAGCGACACCGAGGAGGAGGUGCUGUUGGUGAGUAGCAGCAGACAUCCAGAUAAAUGGAUCGUACCUGGAGGUGGAAUGGAGCCUGAGGAAGAGCCCAACGUUGCUGCAGCCCGAGAAGUUUGUGAAGAGGCUGGAGUCAAGGGCACUUUAGGAAGACUUGUAGGAAUAUUUGAGAAUCGAGAUAGGAAACACCGAACGUAUGUCUACGUUCUCAUCGUAACCGAAGUUCUGGAGGACUGGGAAGAUUCAGUAAAUAUUGGGAGAAAAAGGGAAUGGUUUAAAAUUGACGAUGCCAUACAAGUGUUGCAGUGUCACAAGCCAGUACAGGCCACCUACUUCAAGGCUCUUCAUGAAGGUUGUCUGAACAGUAAUGGGGCACCUCUAGUGGCCACGAUAGGCGGAGACCUGUCGUCCACCUACAGCAUUAAUCAGAGCUCCGUCUCUGAUAUCAGAUAACUAAUGCAAAACAGCGACACUCCGGAUGCUUCCGUCGCCGCUCUCGCUCUUAUUCUGAUUCUUUUUUUCUUAAUUGUCAGGAAAGUAGCACAAAAGUCACAAGUGUUGGUUGAAUAUUCAAAACGAUGUUUUGUAAAUGUUAUCUUUCCACUAUCUCCUGUUUCAUUUUUGUUUUAUGCGGACUGUUGCAUGAAACCCACGACCCACGUACUUUUAGUGCCCUCUAUGCGACCCAAGUGUGAGAUUAAACGAAUGCAAGAACUACUUUUUACUGUUGUGAUGUAAAGAUAUACACAUGGUGCGUUAGCAUGUGGCUUUCAGUAUUUUUACACAUUCAUUUUCCUCUGCGUGUGUAUGUGUGAGCGAGCGCCAAUUUGUUUUUGUUAACGAAUGCGUUUAUAAGAGAACAUGAAUGCGUGGAUCUGUGAGAAGUUAUUAGUUUUGCAUGAGCAAUGGUAUUUAUUUGUCCUAUGAGAUUGUGUGAUGCGAUGAAUGGUUAACUUGUACUUCAUGUUAAAUAGGUGUUCUGAACUUCUUGUAAAUAUCGUACAGGCCUCCAAAAACACAUAGGGUUUAAGUUAAAUACCUGAUUAGACUGGAGCUUAAUUGUACGAUUUUACACUUUUUGAUCUAGAAUUUUUCCACAGCAAAUGUUUGACAGACUUUGUGUUUAUUGUAAAAUCUGAAAUCAAUCCCAGAGGUUAAUUAUGCUAUGAUAUGGUGUCAGAAAGAUUCGGCAGGUUUUCCGACUUUAUGCUGUUAUGCUUAUCUGUUGUACGUUUUUAUAUAUUUUUUAAGUCAACAUGAAAUCAAAAUUUACCCUAGAUACUUUCUCAAAUGAAUGUUCUGGGUUCAAUACAAAUUAAGCUUAAUCAACUGCAUUUGCGGCAUGUUUAUUUGCCAGAACAAAAUAAUAAUUUUGACUCCGACCUUGACAGCAAAAAGGGUAAAUAUCUGGCUUUGAGUGGAGCACGUACAAUGACGUGAAUGGGCUCAGUUUAUAAACAUUUAAAUACUCACUAUUUAAAGCAAUUGUAGCAUUUCUUAAAUCUGACCAAUAGUUAAUGCAGUCAUUUAAUACAGUUGUGUUGAUGUCAAAAGGUUUGUCAAUAAUAGCAAAUAACAAAAGAUUUGAAAGUCCAAGUCAUUCCUGAUGGAUAAAGUCCCACUCUCCUUUUUAUCUCUCAUUUGAAUAUCCUGUUUCACUUGUCCAUACAUCACACUACGGAAGUAAAACGGUUUGUGAACACACAUGGGUUGUUUUGUAUUGACUUUCAUUUUGGCUAAAUUGCCAUACGGACGAGAAGAAAAUGAAGCAUAGUUCAGGACAAAAGGGCGAUUUGAAUAGAGAUUGAGACUGAAUAGGUGGGCUGAAGCGAUUAGUCGAUGUUAUCGACAACAGUAAUAAAUUGUCGACAAAUUUUCGUGGUCGAAUAGUCGUUUUUUUUCUCAUUUAACGUAACGUGAGAUCACAUUAAACUCUAAUGAUUGCACUCAAGAGGAGCACUGCAGUUCACAUCUGAUUGAGGAGAGAAGGAAUUACACAGAUCACAGUCCAGACGCGCACUAAACUUUCCAAACAGCUUCAGGUGAUGUAGAUCGCAAAGAGUGAGGGAAUUAUAAUGCAAAAAUACAAAAUAAGCGCUCUCAUUAUGGAAUAAGCAGAGCUGGAGCUGCUGCUCCGCUGAAGCAAAACAUGCAUAUCAGAGCGUCUUUAAAAAUAAAAAUAUUUAAAAAUAUAUUAAAUUCCUUUAAAAAAGAUGCAUUCACCUGAAAAGCAGCAUAUAAGAUAUUUAAGAUACAUUCUCUUGAAGUUAGUCUAAAUAUCUUAUAUGAUGCUUCUCAAUUAAAUGUAUCUUGUUUUAAGGAUUUUUAGACCAUUUUAGAUGGAAAACAAGACAACACCUGAAAACAAUAGGAUUUUUUGCAGUGAAUUUCUUUCACUGAAUUAAAGGAAAAAAUACUUUUUAUUAAGUUUAAUUCAGUAAUGUCAUUUAGAGGUAUUUUUAAAAGAUGAUUUUGUCCUCUUUAUUGUUAGCAAGCACUUUUAUUACAACCUUUUAAGUCGAGGCAGAAGCUGAAUAGUCGUUGAAGAGCUAAUGAUUCAUCGUUGCAAUAAUCAGCCGAACGUUCGAAUAAUCGUUAGAUUAGUCGAUUAUCAAAAUAAUUGUCAGUUGCAUCCCUACUGAAUUAUAUAUUCUUUUUUGUUUGAUGCAAUGUGCAUUUGCAAAACGGGCCCUAGACUGCAGUAGCUGCUUACCGAUUCUUUCGAUGUUAGUAUCUUUAGAAGACCCCACAAGUUUACUUAUUUUAACCUCUCAGUGACUCGACAUCCUCAUCCACUCUAUCAUUGCUAUACAUUAACAACUGGGAGGUUUCAAUCAGCAUGCACAAUUUAAUUCAAGGGCAAGCCAUGUAACAUUUUGUUUUAGCCUAAAAACGUUCAAAUAUCUUUUCUUUCGAAAUGUCAAGUACUUCUUCAAAGCCAAACUGCAUGCUUUGUAAACCUUUUGGAAAGCAGCGGUUGGCACAAUACUGUGAAUUGUGAGCUCUGUAGUUAGCGCAAUGUUUUGGUGUCUUUAUUUCUCUUGUACAGAUCAAAGACAAAACUUCAAUGUCAAGCGUUUGUCGUUAUGAUGUGUAGAUAUGGUACACUUCAGAUCGCUGAGGGUUAGGCUUAUUUACUCAACUAAAAGGCAUUGUUUUUGCUUGUCUUGGGAGUUUUAAGUGCAUUUAUGAUGAAGCGCACGUCAUUCAACAUUUCAUUAAAAGUUUUUAUUGUUAAUCUGACUGCUGAGUGAGUAAUGAUAACCUGAAAAUCAGGUUGACUUGCAACAGUGAUUUAUAAAGUUUACAUGCCUGUGAUUCGUUUCUAUUAACACCGUCAAGGAUUUUACAGUUGAUUGUGGUUUAAAUCUUCCCUUCUACUUCUAGUGUAGCAUGCAAUACCUAUCAACAUCUUGUGAUUGGUAUUUGUGAUGACGGCUAUUCUAUUUUUAAUAUGUAUAGUCAACAUGUGGCCCCAACCACAAGAAUAAAGUGCACGUAUUUUAAUGAAUGGUCUUUGAGCAUGGAGUCAAGUUCCUUCUAGAAAACAAGGAUGUGAAAUCCAAUCUGCUGCAUUUAAAGUUUAUAGUUCAUCAUGUGGAACUCAUUUCUGGCAAAUGUCUCAAAGAGCACCAUAAAUGUGCCCUGCUUUUAAGGGUUGGACUAUGAAUGUAAAUUUUAAUAGGUUAUUUCUUUCUUUUGCCACAAAUUACAAAACAAAUUGCCCAGGUAUAGAGUUUUAAGAGAUUUAAUUGGUUCAGAUGGGAUGUUGGAACUAUGACUGAAAUCAGUGUACUCUACGAACUCUCCCAUCAAAAGCUGUGACCCUUUCGGUUUCAACACAUGUACCCUUCACUGGAAUUUUUUUGCUUUUUCAUUUUGGGAUUGUGAAAUCAACCAGUUUGAGAAUGUAAUAUAAAUGUGCCAACUAAUAAACACCAGUA